UAUUCUGUGAUGUCAUACGACGACUAUGUGACUCAGACGAAGUUAUUAUAGUAACAAAAUUCGAUCACAUGUAUUUGUCUGGGACUGAUGUGGAAGGUUGGCCACACCCUGUUAUUAAGUCGAAACCAUCAAUGUUUUCCGAAUAUCAUGCACCAUAUGA